AUGAGUGUUCUGUUGGAUGUUAAGGGUUCCACAACAGUAGCUACAUCGCGUCAGGAGCAGGAUCUCCUCCUACUCGAUGCUCUGACACGAAAACAUCCCCCAAACUACAAUCCCUAUGAAUCUAAUGCAAUUAUGGAUAUGUUGGGAAGAAUGAUUCCUCAAACGUGCAAAUACAAGGGCAAGAAAUUCGACUGUGGUUUGUCGAUAUCAUGCGUUUUGGGUGGUGGAAAACCCAUGGAUUUGUGCUCAGGUGGAAUGAUUUGGUCAUGCUGCAUUGACGAAGAUCUCCAUCCAGCCACAAAUCCCGACCAUGGAGCCAUUCACAACGCCAGCUGUGGAGAACUCUACAUGAGAUCUAACAGAAUUGUCGGUGGACAUACCACGGGAUUUGGAUCACAUCCCUGGCAAGCAGCCCUUAUCAAGUCGGGCUUCCUUUCGCGGAAGCUGAGCUGUGGAGGAGCUCUAGUUUCUAAUCGAUGGGUCGUCACAGCGGCCCAUUGCGUAGCCACAACCCCGAAUGCCAAUCUCAAAGUUCGCCUGGGAGAGUGGGAUGUUCGUGACCAAGAUGAACGUCUCAAUCACGAGGAAUACAACAUCGAAAGGAAAGAAGUCCAUCCGAAUUACUCCCCAGCGGACUUUAGAAAUGACCUAGCUCUCGUAAAGCUCGAUCGAGCUGUAGUAUUCAAACAGCACAUCUUACCUGUUUGUCUGCCGGGGAAGCAGGUGAAGCUGACCGGGAGGAUGGCCACUGUAGCUGGCUGGGGAAGAACGAGGCAUGGACAGAGUACAGUGCCGUCAGUUCUGCAGGAAGUGGAUGUAGAGGUCAUACCAAAUGAGCGAUGCCAAAGAUGGUUCCGAGCAGCUGGACGUCGGGAAACAAUCCACGAUGUCUUCCUCUGUGCGGGAUACAAGGAGGGUGGCAGAGACUCGUGCCAAGGUGACAGUGGAGGACCAUUGACGCUGAGUCUGGAGGGUCGAAAGACCCUCAUUGGCCUUGUAUCGUGGGGAAUUGGCUGUGGACGCGAACACCUACCCGGCGUCUACACCAACAUUCAGAAAUUUGUGCCGUGGAUUGAGAAAGUCAUGGGAAAGGACUACAAAAUGUGAUGAUUUCCAAACUCUCUUAUUAAAAAAAAAACAUUA